AUGAAGACUAUUUACCCACUACUCACUCUCCUUUCGGCUGCGGCCGUAGCCGCCGGUCCUCUACCAAGGAACGUACAGCUGCUCCCGGACGCAAACCUCAAGCCUACCCGCGUCGUCGCGCGCACCCAAAUGCCUGCAGAGGCUGCACCAGCACCCCCAGCAGGAGUUGAUCCUGGCAAAGCUGCUGCGGAUGCUAUGGAAUCAAUGCAUGCAGCUCAAGCGGAGGCCAAAGAAAAAGCUCAUCAAGAGGCUGCUAAGCAGAUGGAGGCCAUGCACCAGGCAGAGGCAGAGGCGAAGGAGAAGGCCCACCAAGAGGCCGCUAAGCAGAUGGAGGCUAUGCACCAAGCAGAAGCCGAAGCAAAGGAAAAGGCACACCAGGAAGCUGCAGCAGCCAUGGAAUCCAUGCACGUUGCAUCGGAGAAAGCAAAGGACGCUGCCCACAAGGCAUCAGCUGAUGCCAUGGAAGCUAUGCACGUCUCACGAGAAUUGGCCAGCAUCUCCAUGGCCAUGAAGACAGAGGCUCCAGCUGCCACUCUUCCUCCACCUCCACCACCACCUGCUGCCAUGCCCCACGAAACUCCUGCCCCAGCCCCUACACAUGUUAUGCCCCCUCCUCCCGCUGCCGAGAUGUCACCACCACCUCCUCCCGCCGAGAUGCCACCCCCACCCCCUGCUCACACAAUGGCACCCCCUCCACCUCCUGCUGCGGAGAUGCCACCACCACCUGCUGCUCAUACAAUGGCACCUCCACCUGCUGCUGAGAUGCCUCCUGCUGCUGAGAUGACUCCUCCUGCCAAGAUGCCUCAUGCUCCCGCUGAAAUGCCAUCUCCACCUCCUGCUGCUGAGAUGCCCCCAGCCGCUGGUGGUAUGAAUGGUAGUGAAGCUGCACCGCCUACGUCAUCUGCUCCCCCUGCUGCUGAGGUCACCGAAAGCUUCUCUCUGAUUAUGGAUCAGGCUGCAGAGGCUACUGGUGCUGCCAACAUGACUGCUUCCCCGGCCAUGAGCACUCCUGCAGCGCCUGCUGAAACCGGCGCUGCCGAGGAAGAGAAGAAGAAGGCCGAAGAGGAGCAGAAGAAAGCAGCCGAAGAGGAGCAGAAGAAGGCAGCUGAAGAGGAGAAGAAGAAGGCCGAGGAAGAGAAGAAGGCCAAGGAAGAGGCCGACAAGGCUGCUCAGGAAGAGGAGAAGAAGGCUGCAGAGGAACAGAAGAAGCAGGAGGAAGCUGACAAGAAGGCCGCCGAGGAGGAAAAGAAGAAGCAAGAGGAGGCUGACCAGGCUGCUCAAGCUGAAAAGCCCGCUGAGAAGCCCGCUGAGGACGCUGCACAAGACAACAAGAGUGAAGCCGAAGCCUCCGCCCCCGCUGAGACACCUGCUGAAGCGCCCGCCGAAGCGCCCACCGAAGCGCCCGCCGCGCAGGAACAGCAACAAGAAGCGGCCGGCGAAGCAACCAUCAAGCUACCAGUCGGCUUCCUCACUUCUCCACGUCUGCGCCGUGCCAACCUCGCCAACAUGCCCGUUAAGCGCGGCAUGAAGGCUCUCGCUUUCUAA